AUGGAACCGAAUCCCGUAAUUAUUGCUGCUACAGCAAAACAAACUGCCUCUCUUAUCUUCUUACAUGGCUUGGGUGAUACCGGUCACGGUUGGGCAAGCACAAUAGCUGCUAUCAGAGGUCCUCACGUAAAAGUAAUAUGUCCAACUGCCUCUACUAUGCCAGUGACACUUAAUGGAGGUUUCCGAAUGCCCUCCUGGUUUGAUUUAAGAACCUUAGAUGCAACUGCUCCAGAGGAUGAAGAAGGGAUAGUAAAUGCAACAACUCUUAUCCAUCGACUUAUAUCUGAUGAAGUAAAAUCUGGUAUACCUGCAGCAAGAAUAUUGUUGGGUGGCUUUUCCCAAGGAGGAGCACUCGCUCUCCAUGCUGCAUUGACAUAUCCGGAACCUCUGGCUGGUGUUAUGUCUUUGUCAUGUUGGUUACCAAGACAUGCUCAUUUUCCUGAAAGUGUUAAGGCUCCAAAGGAAAUGCCAAUCUUUCAAGCUCACGGCGACUGUGACCCUGUGGUGCCGUGUAAAUGGGGGCAGAUGACUGCGUCCUUUUUGAAAACGUUUAUGAAAAAUAUUGAAUUCAACACGUACCAAGGAUUGUCUCAUAGUUCUUCAGAUGCAGAACUUAAAGAUAUGAAAGCAUUUAUAGAGAAAACAUUACCUUCAGUGAAAUAA